ACCUGUGACAGAGAUUUGCACUUAGAUCGCCUUCAUUACCACAGAAUGUGGAAAAUGUCUUUCAGGAGCUUCAGGAAGGGCAGGGAGGAAGGGAGACAGAUGGAGAAGCAGCAAAGAAGGUGACAUUCACUGCUGUCACUAUUGGCAAAACAAUCUGCUUUCUUAUAAUGUGCAUUAUUGAGUUAAUAAUCUCUUACUCUUUCCUGACUUCUGACUGAUGUCCCUUUCUUGAAUCUACUGAUCCCUCUUGUCCCAUCACGAUAAUUUCCCCAUUGCUAUUUUCUGACAAUCUAAAGCAAUGUGGGAUUACACAUUCCAACUUACUAUUUUCAUAUUUAGUCGUCUCGGCUGGGAUAAUGAUUUGUCAACUAAAAAGUAAAAAUUAAUACUAAAUAAUUGGGUUAUGGAAAGCCGUGUAUUUUGUUAUGGAUAUAGCUUUACAAAACAUAUAUAGUGACUUGUCCUGUUUUUAUAUUGCUCUGCCUAGCACACCAUUUCUUUUUGUAAAUAAAAUAAACACUAUGUUACAGUACACACUACUUUUGUACUUUAGACUCCUACACAUCAUUAGUUUACCCAAACAUUCUAACAGUGUGUAACUAAAUCCUGCUAGACCAAAUACCCAGGUUAUAUGAACUAGAACACUGCUAAGUUUAUGAAUCAUAACAUCUCAAAACCUCUCAGUGCUUUUUUUUUAUUAUUGUUUUAUUAUUGUUUUAUUGUUAUCCUAUUUUGGAAACAGGUCUCAAGAGUUUUACUAUUAGUUUCAUCAGGACCUUCGUUUGGCCCUUAAGAAUCGAAUAAGUCACUUCUGUUUGGAGCUGUAGGAGGUAGACAUGCAGUUGGAAUCAUGAGUAGUCCAUGUGUCCACCUUUUUCAUUGUAUACAUAGGUUCUUCUUCCUGAAGCUUCCUUCUGAAUUUCCUAUUACCCAGGAAAGAUAAAAAGCAGUGGAAUAACUUGUUUCUCUAGGAUUUAACUACAAGCCAUCCUCCGGAGUAAUAUUUUUCAUAUUUUUUAACUGCCUUCUGUCUGUUCUUAUGUUGUUUCUGAAGCUGUGGUUGCACAUUUGCUGCAAAAUAAUCUAAACUGAGUUAAAAGAUCAGACAGACAGGUUUAUUGCACAGCCACACAAAACCCACAAUAGAUAGGGAACUGGCGUGAAUGUAGAAAUAAGCGGCAGAUGUAGGAGUUGUUUAACUUAAUAUGCUAUAAACUUCUACAAGAAAGCAUGAAAAUGUAGAUAUCAAGAACUGGAGUAUUCAUAGAAGCCACAGUUAACUGGGAACACUGUAAAUGUUCUUGAAAACAUGGAAGUAAAUGGGAGACUAGGAAGAGAAGGUAAACAAUAAAUUUGGGGAUAUGUUUUUAAAUGUUCUGUGCAAAUAACAUGCUGAUGCAAAAUACUCCAUCUAAUCAGCUAUGGAGGUAUCCAGGAAAACAUUAAAUAAUAUCAAAAACAAAUUUAAAACUGAAAAGUACAGAGAAUAUAAGGUAAUAUAUGAGUUUUCUGGAAUACAAAGACUUUAGACAUAUGAGGUUUUCAGUAUACAAAGCUACCAGAUACUGUGGUAUUCUGUAUAGUAUCAUUAUCUAGUCACCUUUAUCACUGUUUGGUACAAACAAACCAGCUCUGAGACAUAGUAAGGGUACUAUAAUCAUAGAAAAUAUGCACAAGUACUGUAUUUAACCACAAACAUGUGCCAGGUUGUUUUGCAAGCACAAUAGGAUGCAGUUUCUGACUGUAAAAUGAUCUGGCAGUAUAAUAUCUUCUGUGAGAAACAUAGGGAAAGCAGGAAGGUGAUACAUAAUAUUUUCUCAGUGCUUACAGAGUUAAGUCUAUAAGUCAAUGAACACUGAGGUGCAUGAAAGUAUGUUUCUUUGUUCUUCAAAGCAAAACAAAUUCACACUUAACACUUUGAAUUAGAAUAAUAAUAAAGCCAGCAGAUGUAAUGUAAUUAGAUUUGUACUGCCCUUGACGGGGGUGGAUCAAAUUCAGCGCAGCUUAGAACAAAUAAUAUCAUUGAAGUUCAUAUAGUCACCAGAGAUUUGCUCCUGCCACACUAAGGCCACUGUUAAAAUGAGAAAGGGGCCAAUUUGUGGGCAGUGUUAAAAUGCAAAGGAGUAAAUGCAGGGCUAGAUAAAGCUGUGCUGCAUCCCCUUUUCACAUUCUAGUUUUUGAUGCAUGUACAUAGCCAUUUCAGUUAAAAACCCAGUUGUAUUUUAACACACUCUCUGAACCUGGUGGGAAAUCAGUAAUGCUUCAUCUCUAAGUAAAGUGAGACUUGGGGGCUCAGGGGACUGUUUUGACUACAUUUUUUAUUAAUUUAGAAGAAGGACUGUGAAUUCAUUGCCACGAUUGACUGAAUUUUCAAAAGAAAGACUCUGUUGAUCUAGUUGUUACAAUAUGGCUGUAACUGUUGGUGAGCUAUAUGGAUGACUGUAGCAUGCAAGGUAGCAUCUCUGAAAUCACAUACGCUGAUCAUCUGAAUCUUCAAAGUGAGAGGUAUCAAAAUACAAGUCAUUAUAGCUCCACAAAAAAUACACAAUAUCCUACAGUGGUGAAGAUGAGGUAGGUUCAUAUUGUGCCCACCUUAUUCACAUUUAAUAGCAUUGCAUUGUCUGUCCUGUGUGAAUAGUCCCAGUGACUUCAGUGGAGCUCUUAAUGAUGGGUGAUCUGGGACACGUGAGCUCAUGUGAACUCAGGUGAGCUAGGAUGGUGCAGUACAACUGUGUCCCUAGGAGAGUUAAAAUGCCCAGAUUGUCCAGGAACCAUGGGGCAAAUUCUCAGUUCUGAGGUCCAUUGCUAUAUAUAGUUUACCUUAGAGUAUAUAGGCAAGUGGCAAGUAAGUUUCUGCAACAGGUAACUGAAAAAGGAUGUUUGUGACAUUUCUAGAACAAAACGUGUUGAUCGGAUAAAUUUUUUAAAGUGGGAAUAAUUUUAAUUCCCAGUAAUUUAACAAAUUUAAUGCACGUUCCUAAAAUGCUCUCUUGACCCAUCCACGUUUUUCAGCAAAACAUAGUUCAGUUCAACAAGGUUCUGUAGCACCACUCCAAUAUUGCUCUUCUUUGGGCAAUGUCGGACUCUGCUUAAGAAGCCAGAACAAUAUUUUGCUAAGAACAUUUAAGAAACUAGAAGAGUUUACUCCAUGUGGGGGAAUUAGAAAGAUUUUUGUAUAACUUUUUAAACAUUUGCGUGCAAGUUAUUUGUUCUUGCUGACAAAGUACAAUGCAACACGAUGCCAUGCAAAAGCAAAGCAAUUACAUAAUCUCUUCCAAAAUUCCUUUCAAUAGUCUGGUCCAGAGGCAGCAGCUUUCAUGCUGUGAGCGACGUGCAACAUCAAGGCUUCAUGUCUGUUACAAAGGACAUGGACAAUACUGGAUCAAAUGGCACUGACAUUUGAUCUAGACCAAGUGUGAAAUUGCAACAUGUCUGUCAAAUUACCCAGAGCAUAUGGUGGUGUGUUUACAAGGGCUCUUUUUUGGCUGUAUGUUGGCUUGCUAAGGACAAGCAGUACUGGCCUAAUAAAAACUCUACUGGUACUAAGUUACUUCUAUGAGAUUUUUAAACAAAAUUUGAACUACUACAGUGAGUUGAUACAGAUUCGUGGUUGUAGUGUUUUUGCAAUAUGCUCAUUAAGUCAGACUUGCCAUCUUGCAGGGACACAGCCUAAGGCAGAGGUAGAAAAACACAUGCAGCCACAAUCACUGGAUGUUGGGGAUACCAUCGCUUAUUCAAAAUCAGCCCCGAAGCUGAGAUUAGCAACUUUAAAGGAUAUUUUAAAGGGGUAGAUCUAGGAACUUCACUAAAAGCACGGGGAAAAGAAACAUGCAAUAAGAAGAGUGUGAUGGUAGUCUAUGCUGCAUUCUAUUCAAUCUGUUUUGAGUUGAGAUGAAGUUGUCUUUUAUUUCAUCUAUUUGGUCAAUCCGGUGCUUUUAAUUUAUGAAUUUAUUGGGCAUAAUUUGGUUUGAGGUUUGUGAUGUGAAGAACAAUUAAGGUGAGAGAACAACAAUAAAUUAUGCAGCAUGAGCCUAAUUCUCUGUAACUUCUACGAUCAUUUCUGUUGACACAAAAUUAGCUAGCACAUUUUGCUAAUUGAAGUAGACUAGACUAGAAUAUAUGUCAGUAUAACACAGUUCCCAAGUAGCUGUUAAAUUAUACCAUUAUUUGGUUUUGUUUUAUAAAUAUUUUGCAAUGCUAAAAAUGGUUAAACAAAGUGGCAUAGAAUGUCUGCUUAUUACAUUCAGAGAUGACUACUUGAGGUUGGAAGUAGAUACAAAGUAUGCUGAGGACAGGAGUUGAAUUCAAAAUUAUUGCAACAGUAGAAAUAUUUUUAAAAGAGCUAAUGCAGGUCAUUAAAGAGAAGGUAAUAUACUCAGAAAUAAGCCGUUAUAUAAAAACAGGAUGAGAAAACAAUUGGCUUCAUAAAUCUGAUGGAAAAAAUCUGGAUAAUGGAUCAGGAUUGAAUGCAGUGCAAUGGAGUCGGUUGCAAAACAGAGGAAAAGCGCACAGAGAACUCGGGACAGCUUGGUAGCUUACAGCACAUAGUACAUCAUGGUUGUAUUUCCUAUAGCAUUGGUCAAGGCUUCAUCUGAGCUGAAUGCUUUGUUUGGGGAAUAGGGGUUGACUUAAUUAGAUAAAUGUCCAGGAUGCAGAAGGAUCAGAAAUAUGUAACAGCAAGGUGAAAAGAAAUGCAACAGCAGUAUUCCUAGGCACUAAGGGCUGUUGGACAGGAAAGCAAAUAAACUUCUGCCUGCUCAUGGCAAACAGUACAAAACACAUUUCUGUUGCUGUCCAUGUGGAGCAGAGAUUAAAAAUUCCAGCAACAAAUAUUUAGACUGGAGACUAGGAAAAAAAGCUAAAUGUAAGACUGUAUACAAGGCUCAGAGAGCCAAAACCACACACUGUACACAGAGAAGAAAGGCAAGAAGCAGUCUGCAAAAAAACAAACUUUUAAUUUUGAAACACUGUAUGUAUAUAGCGUAGCAUCUUUCACAGCCAUUAGUAUUUGUAAAGAUUAGCUCAUCUUAGCAACCAGUUCUACUAACGGAGUGCAGGCUCGUGCAAAGUUCAUCAAAUCAUAUCCAGGAGGAAGGGAUUGUGUUACUGUGCAGGGACUUCCACUGUAUUCAUUACAGCCAACAUCAAGGAAGUGUCCAGUAGUGCAAGACAGCAUUUCUUUCUCCAUAACAUCUCCUUAUAUAGGACAGUAAUGUAUUUCCUAAGGAGAUUAAAAACCCCACCUCUUGGUAUUUUAGGUUUUUAAUUUGUAAAACUCCAUCAUUCUUCUAGGAUGUUCUGUCACUGAGAAAAGUGAAUACUUGGAAUUACUGUUUCUUUCUGCAUUAGUCUGCACUGCUCUCAUUUCCUUCUCUUCACGUAUCUUUAAGUUUGACCUGCAUAAUGUUAUUGACAUGUAUACCAUAUAUACCACAUUAAAAGAGAGUAACAGCUUGUAUCACAAACCUGUGGUGGCAUCUGUCAGUAAGAUAACAGGAGAGGAACACCAUGCAACAGAGCACUGAAUGUCACUAUUCAGCUCUUCUUGUCCACAUAUUUGAGUCUGAUAAUUACAGGAAAAAAUGGUCUAUUUCAGGAAAGCAAACAUUAGCAUUAAUUGUAACUGCUGAGAUAAUUUGUGAUGUGUAUUCUUUUGUUAAGUUUCCUUUUGUGAGAUGCUACAAACUGAAGUUUAUUUAUUACACAACUUCUGAAUUCAGACUGUGGGCCUUUAUUUCGAUCUCCAUUCUUCUUGUAGUAUGAAUAGCUGUCAGAAUGAAAAUCAGCAUGUAAUAUGAAUUAUAUACAAAGACACAGAAUAAAAUAUGAGAGGGGGAGGAAAGAAGGAAGCAGGAGAAAGACCAAAAAUUAGAUGAAAAAUGCUUUAAAGAUUUCGCAAAACUCCCUCAAACUGUAACUUUUUAAACAAUCUGAAAGAUGGAAGCAAAAUGUAAAGGUUAACCUACAAAUAAUUAUAUUUUGAAAUAUAUAUUGAUAUUGGAUAUAAAGGAGGUACUAGGGUGAAAGAGGUGUAGGAAAGAAGUAGUGUUCUGGCCUUAAGAGAGAAGGAAGAAGAAAAACAGCGGUAUGUAAAACUAAGAUUUGGACCUUCAAAAAGCAAUAAAUUGCAGUAAGCUGUCACAGCUGUGAAAUACCCCAGAGCACAGAUCUUGCUGAAGAAAACCUCUCCAAAGAUUUUGCACAGCUGGUUGCCUGGAAUAAGUGAUGGAACUUCCAUUGCAAUGGUCGAGUGAAAAUGAAUUUAACAUCUGUAUUUGAGUAACACAUAAACUACAUUAAACCAGGUAAGUGGUGUGCUCAGUGACUCCGGGAGAGUCUGGAAAUGGGAUUUCCAUCAGUCUAGAGGCUAACGUGUGACACUUCGGACCUGAAGCAGGUUUAUCACCCCAAGUUUCUUCAAGGGUUUCCGGGCGGUUUUAGCUUGACCGCGCCGGCUCCCCGAGCACGGCAGCCCGCUGCUGCGAAGGGCAGUUGUGCCUCUCGGACGCCGCCUCGGUGCUGGGCUGCCCGUUCUCCAGCCGAGCGGGGCCGGAUGGCGGCAGCCUCCCCUGCCGCAACCGCCAUGGCCACAGCGUCACGCGGCCGCCCCGCCGCACCCAUUGGCACAGGGGACGGAAGUGACGUACCGGCAGGAGCCCGGCGGAGCGCGGUGGCGGACUCCCGCCGCACGGCGAUGAACAGCCGCCUGCAGGAGAUCCGGGAGCGGCAGAAGCUCCGCCGGCAGCUCUUGGCACAGCAGUUAGGAGCUGAAAACGCAGACAGCAUUGGUGCUGUGCUGAACAGUAAAGAUGACCAGCGGGAAAUCGCUGAAACAAGAGAAACGUGUCGGGCUGCUUAUGAUACUUCUGCACCAAAUGCAAAACGCAAAUAUCCAGAUGAGGGAGAAGCUGAUGAGGAAGAGAUUGAAGAAUAUAAGGAUGAAGUAGAGCUGCAGCAGGAUGAAGAGAACCUGCCCUAUGAAGAAGAGAUUUACAAAGAUUCCAGUACUUUUCUUAAGGGUACUCAGAGCUUAAAUCCACACAACGAUUACUGCCAACACUUCGUGGAUACUGGACACAGACCGCAGAACUUCAUCAGAGAUGUUGGCUUAGCAGAUAGGUUUGAAGAAUACCCAAAACUUAGAGAGCUCAUCAGAUUGAAGGAUGAGCUGAUAUCUAAAUCUAACACUCCUCCCAUGUAUCUACAAGCAGACUUGGAAGCUUUUGAUAUUAGAGAACUGAAAUCCAAAUUUGAUGUGAUUCUCCUGGAACCACCACUGGAAGAAUACUACCGAGAGACUGGCAUCACUGCCAAUGAAAAAUGCUGGACCUGGGAUGACAUCAUGAAAUUGGAAAUUGAAGAAAUUGCAGCCCCGAGGUCAUUUGUGUUUCUGUGGUGCGGUUCAGGCGAGGGUCUGGAUCUUGGCCGCGUGUGUCUACGCAAAUGGGGUUACAGAAGAUGUGAGGACAUUUGCUGGAUUAAAACGAAUAAGAACAAUCCUGGAAAGACCAAGACUCUAGACCCUAAGGCUGUUUUCCAAAGAACCAAGGAGCACUGCCUCAUGGGCAUUAAAGGAACUGUGCGUCGCAGUACAGAUGGUGACUUCAUCCACGCUAAUGUUGAUAUUGACCUCAUCAUCACAGAAGAGCCUGAAAUUGGCAACAUAGAAAAACCUGUAGAGAUCUUUCACAUCAUUGAGCAUUUCUGCCUUGGACGACGACGUCUUCAUCUUUUCGGAAGGGACAGUACAAUUCGACCAGGUUGGCUGACUGUAGGACCCACUCUCACAAACAGCAAUUUCAAUGCAGAAACAUAUUCUUCGUACUUCACGGCUCCAAAUUCCCACCUGACCGGCUGUACUGAGGAGAUUGAGAGACUGCGGCCCAAGUCACCACCACCCAAGUCCAAGUCUGACCGGGGAGGUGGUGCCCCAAGGGGAGGAGGAAGAGGCGGGACUUCGGCUGGCCGAGGAGAAAGGGGCAGAGAGAGGAACAGAACUAACUUUCGGGGUGAGAGGGGUGGCUUCAGAGGGGGACGUGGAGGUACCCACAGAGGAGGCUUCCCCACCCGCUGAUGACUGUUAGGUUAAUGGAGAAGGAAAUAGAAAAUUCUACCCAUCCUCUGUGAAGAAAGACACCUGCUGGUCAUACUCGGAAGGUGCUGUUUCAGCAGUCACAGACGGGCUGUAAAGGUAAGGCAGUAAGGCUUCAUGUCAUGUACUUGUGGCUGUGGAGAUCAUACUUAGAAAAAUACCCUAGUAGGACAGCAUUCCCCCUCCCACCCCCAUUAUACAGUAAAAACGUCUGGUCAUUUUUUUUAUUUUAAACACUUUUGAUCUGGUCUAUAUCUAAAGUGAUGUUUAGAGAUGAAAAGCUUUUAAUUUCGUUACCGGUUGUCAGUUAAUUUCUCAGCUAUAACACUUUAACAAAAGGAGAAGGGUAAAACUCAUCACCACUGAACUGAUGAAUAUUUCAUCUGCUACAAGUGACUUAACUGAAGCAUGUUGUCCUUUAAGAUAAAAAGCCUAACAAGUUGUUUUUCUUUCCAAUUUUAUCAAAUGCAUAAUGCCACCGGUCUGAUUUGGGAUGCCUGUCUAGGUUUUAUCUUUCCAUUCUGGAAGAGGCUUAUAGUACUUUGAGUAUCUUACAUCCCAUAUAAAUCAAGUGAAGGAUUUGACAAUUACACUGACGAGAUACUUGGGAUGUCUUAGCAUUUAGCUCCAAAGGGAUUUUAAAACAUCAGUCUAGCUGUAACCCACCAUGUAUAAAUCCAGGCUUUGGCUUGACAGUUCUUCCCACUUUCUGAUAUUGCUGGCUAUUAAGAAGUUGUUGGAAAUGCUGGGUGUGCCAUGCAGGUCAGUGGGCAAUGACCUGGGGGUUUUGAUGUUGUUCCUUAACACAGUAUCAUGAGCACAGGCUCACAGUGCACAUUCAUAGAUACUGAAUGCUUUGUUCCGUGGCAUGGGAUUUAGGCUGCAAAAACUAAGGAGCAAUUUUAAUCUGACAGUGGAAGUUAAAUGGCAUUAAGUCAAGGGAUUAAUUUUAGAAUACUCAGAUGUUCUAAAAUCCUUUGCAGGGGAUAGAAAUAACCAGAACAGACUAUAGGAAAAAAAAAAAAAAAACAACAUGUAAAGCCCAUUAACUUAAGUCUUUGUUUCUUGAAUAUGGCUUUUAAAGGAUGCAUUAACUGAAAGGGUGAGGUAGUGAGCCCUCUUGUUUCUGUAUAUAGUUGAAAAAUUAUUUUUCCUUCCAAAAUUGGUAUAGUUGGUAGCGGCAGCUUAACUGCUGUAGUAGAAAUCUUGCCUGUGUAAUGUGUUGAAGGUCAACUUAAUAACAUGGAGGAAAGCUUACUGAUCCUUUCCAUUAGAGAGCCAUUCCCAUGGGCAAAAAAGCAAGCACUAGGUAAGUUUUGUAGUGAAACAUGAAGUAAUUUUGACUAGAAUUAUUGCAGCAAUUAAAAAGGAUAAACCAGGCCUAGCUUCUGUAAAUCUGAGUCCUGCUGUUAUGAGCUACUUAUGAAGUGUUGGACAGCUUUCAACAGGAU